CGGAAGAUCUCGCCGACCGAACGCCCAGCUGCUCUCCUCUCUCUCGCGCGCGCACCCACGAUGAAACUGCAAGUUGCAGCAGCGUUGCUGCUGUUGGCGUCGUUGCGUGUCGGCACGGCGGCGCGUCUCGACAACACCUAUCUGCCACCGGGCAGCGCGACAUCGGCCGGCGGAAGCGGCCUCCAGGCGCCCGGCCAAGGUUUCGGGGGUGCCGCUGGAUUUGGCGGCAACGCCGGUGGCUUCGGCGGCCGACCAGGCGGUUUCGGCGGCGGUGGUGCGCCAGGGGGUGGUUUCGGCGGUAGACCUGGAGGCUUCGGCGGCGGAGGCGGCAACUUCGGAAGCGGCGGCGGCGGUGGUGGAGGCGGCGGACCGCAAAUCCCGAUCACUCAGUUCAACGCGGAAAACAACGGCGACGGCAACUACAGAUACAACUACGAGACUGGCAAUGGGAUCAGCGUGCAGGAGCAGGGAUCGGCUCAAGGCAACGGCGAAGCGGUGAGCGGUUCGUACAGCUACACGGGCCCCGACGGCCAGACUUAUAGCAUCAGCUACACAGCCGAUGAAACGGGCUUCCACGCCCAGGGCGCCCACAUACCCACACCGCCGCCCAUCCCACCGGAGAUCCAACGGGGCAUCGAACUGUCUCUGGCGGCCGAGGCGAGGGGUGAGAACCAGGAUGGUAGUUACAAGGGCGAAGGUGCCGCUGGAGGCGGCUACCGCGGUGGUAGCGGCGGCGGCGGCGGCUACCAAGGCGGUGCUGGUGCUGGUGGUUACCAAGGUGGCGGCGGCGGCGGCGGCAGCGGCGGCGGCGGCGGCAGUGGAGGUGGCUAUCAAAGCUCACAGGGUGGAUACAGAUACUAGACGCAGUCGCCGACUCGGGAACGGUACCUCGACGAGCCGCCACUCAACCUUGAACGCCCUAUUAUUUACUGUAAAUACUUGAAGCCUCGACUGGCGCACAACACAAUUUUAACGAUAUUUAAUCAAUGUAUUAUCGGUUACUGGAGAGCGUUGUGAUAAUAUGUGUCCUAGAGAAAAUCGGUAGUUUUCAGGA